CACAUCCAAAGACAAGAAAAUGGAACUCCAACUCGAAGAGGCGGACAGCUUCAUUAGUCUACUGAGCAACGAGACGUUGGACGACUCUGGUCCCGAGAUGGAAACGUUUCCGGCUCUGGCGGAUAUCGAAUCGCAGCUGUACGAGUUCGAUGACAUCGGCCGAUCUCUUAUGACCGACCCAUUCCUCUCACCUCCAUGUUCCGUCCGCUGUCACACAGUGCACGCUCCAUCCGACGCCACCGAUUCUCAUCCGUCAGCCUUUCAAUCCGUUCACCAUCUCCCCUACACAUUGAGCGGCCCUCUCGACCUCUGCCGUCCUCUCCCCUUCAAAGACCGCAAAGUGCAACCAAACCCGGUACCCGCGGUCAACGUCCCGGCCGGUCACCUAGUACCGGUACCGCAUCCUGAUGAUUACACAAGUUGCUCUGAGGUAACGAGCACGAUGGAUGUGCCAUCACCGAAAAGGUGGGAAGACUCCGAGUCUACCGAUGCAGUUGAGAAAAGCGAGGACAGCUCGAAUGACGAGUUGUACAGCCCGCAGUCGCACGGUACGCGGUCACGUUCUGUAGGACCGCGACCGAAAGGAAGGCGUCCGAGGUCUCGCUGUUUUUCUGCCUCGAACGUGUUGUAUCCGGAACGUUGUCGACCCGACGAGGUGCAGACGCCAGUGAUGUUCAAGUCGGAAGACGACAGGAAGGACUUCAAUAACGCGAGAGAGCGGGGGAGAAUUCGAUGGCAAAAUGAAGGUUUUCAACGUCUAAAAGAACUACUGCCUAGCAGUUAUAGUUCUGGCCGCAAAUCCAUGACAAAAGGUCAAAUCCUCCACAAAACUGCAGACUUGGUGAUCACCUUGAUGAACCAAGUCGAAGACAAACGUCACAUGCACAACCCAAGCUACACAGGAAAGAGCGCCUAUUACCAAUCAAUCAGAAAUAUACAACACGACCGAUCAGAACACGCUGAAUCAAUUCACGGUUGUACCACAAUUUCGAAAGAUUGUAUGAAGUGCAGACGAUUACUCACAGAGAAACAGGACGCGUUCGGUGAUGCUCCUCGAUCGUGUUGAAGCAUUCGAGACAAACAAAGUUUAGAAAUAAAUGCG